AUGGCACGGUUUCCUACGGGUGAAUUCGACUCCUUGGCAUCGGCUGAUGCUUCAAUCACAGCAAUGUGCCCGUACGUCAAAUCGGAUGGAACUCUUGUGGGGGUCGUAAUUGGAGGUAAUUUCACGAGCUUAGGAAAUGUGGAAUCGCAAGGCAUUGCAUUGUUCAAUUCAAAAACGUCUGAAAUUACUGCACUUCCUGGAUUAUCAGGAUCCGUUUCAGCACUCUUAUGUGACGAAUCGACAAAUGCAGUCUACAUCGGAGGUUAUUUCGAUUCUACGAAUUCUUCAAAUGUAAUCAAGUUGGUGGACAAUAACUUAGUUGCCCUUCCCUUUUCCGGAUUUAACGGUCGGGUCAAUUCUAUCUCGAAGGCUUCGAACGGGAAUAUAAUAUUUGGUGGAGCUUUUACCGGACUAGGAAACUCUACGGCACCAAUCACUAGUAGAAGUAGUAACACAACUGAUCAGCAAAUUGUCAAUAUUUCUGGCGCCAAUAUCACGAGCAGCGGCACGGCCACAACUGCUGGCUUUGAUGAUCCAACAAAUAUUGUGUGCAAGACCGGUGGCACUGACGGCGCUGGAAAUACUUGGUUGCUCAAAGAUGAUUCUGCUGGGUUCUGGAAAGCUACAUUUGGAUUUGGCUUUCAACCUACCAAAUUGAGAUUAUGGAAUACGCACCAAGAUGGCCGAGGUACCAAGACCUGGAGAUAUACGGCUCAGCCAAUCAACGGCAUCAUGAAUUUUACAUAUAUCGAUCCAGCCACAGGUGCUAAUGCAACAUGCACAUCGGAGUGCCCUUUAAGCAGCAAUACUAGCAUUCCAUACCAGGAUUUCCACUUCGUGAAUUCAGUUGGCAUGGAUGCCUUUCAGAUCGAUAUCUCUGCUUGGUACGGUAGUGGAGGUGGCUUGAAUGGCAUUGAGCUGUUCCAGGAUGACAUAUUUUCUUACGCUAUCAAGGAAUUCAACGAGCCUUCCUGUGCUUCUUUGUCGACUGCCUCGAAAGCUACAUCUACCGGUCCUUGGGCUAUCAGUCCUUCAUUUCAAAGUGUUGCAAAGUAUCUCACGGGCCAAUUUACAUCAGACACAGCAAGUGCAGCUUCUGUUGUAUUUUAUCCAGACAUCAGAGAGUCGGGGAACUAUACAGUGAAGAUGUACACACCUGGAUGUAUCCAGGAUAAUACAUGCUCAAGCCGAGGCUCUGUUGUUGUAAAUGGAACCGUGGCUAGUGAGACUUCACGUGCAACGGCAACCUUUGGCUCACCCAUUACCCUUUUUCAGUCUAACGACUACGACAAGUAUGAUGAAGUGUACUCUGGUUACAUCCAAGCUGCUAGCGAUACAUUCCGCCCUUCAAUUACCCUCACCCCAAGCGGUCAGAUACCUGGGAAUUCGGAGAAUUUUACGAUUGUGGCUCAGCGUGUUGGAUUCAUCCUGAACAAUGCAACUAGCACUGGAUUAAAUGGUCUUUUCGAGUUCGAUCCAAGCGAAACUGUCAUUAACGCUUCCAAUUUCCAGAACAAUACGGUUGUUCAAGCUGGUAUGAGCCUUAAUGACGAUGCUGAGGUGAACGCUGUUGUAGCUUCUGGCAAUACUAUUUUUGUUGGAGGCAAUUUUUCUGCAACAAAUUACCAAAACAUAUUCUCGAUCUCAGACGCCGGUACUAAUUCACUGGCUUCGAACGGUUUAAAUGGGAAGGUGCUCACCAUGCUUCUUAACGACACAACUCUAUAUGUUGCUGGAAAAUUUAGCAGCAACACGGGCUCCACCACUACCACAGGGUUGAGCAAUAUCGCUGCUUAUGAUACCGUACAGAACAGAUGGAGCGCAUUAGGAGCUGGUGUCAAUGGACAAGUUUCAUCAGUGGUACCAAUAUCAAUGAACAUCAGUGCUAACAGACCUGAGACUGUUAUCACAUUAACUGGAGAUUUCGACCAGCUCGUUGCAUUUGGUAACAACUCCGCUGUAGCUGUUUCUGGUUUCGCAAUCUGGGUCCCAUCACACAGCAAUUGGUUACAAAACCUUAAAAUUGCUAAAAUGGCUAUCAAUGGUCAACUCACUGCCGCAGUAAAUGCAUCUGGCGACUACAUUUUUGCAGGUUCGCUCUCAUCAUCACAACUGGGCGUUAGUGGAGUUGUUUCCCUCGCAUCAGGAUUAAGCCCAUUUCCUGUUGACAUUCAAGCCUCUAAACCACAAUCUACCUCAACCUUAUCGAAGAGGAAUACUGCCAGCCAAAAUGUUAGUGGUGUUGUAACUGGACUAUUCUAUGAGAAUGGCUCCAAGAAUGUCACAAUCCUUGGCGGCCAUUUCACUGCAACCUCUAUCAACGGCACUGAUGUUAAUAACCUUGUAUUUAUUGAUGGCGCGAAUGACAACACUGUCACUGGACUCGGGUCCCAGAUCGACGCCGAUUCUACCUUCCGUGCAUUGGCUAUACAAAACGACAUUCUCUAUGCUGGAGGUUCCGUUACUGGCACUGUUAACGGAGGAAGGGUCAACGGGCUCAUUUUAUACGAUCUUAAGACUUCUACAUUUGCAUCACAAACACCAGCCCUUGGCGGACAAUCAGCCGUUGUUCAUGACAUUGCUGUUAGGACAAAGAAUGGUGAUGUAUAUGUUGGUGGAAGUUUCACUCAAGCUGGAGGUCUAGAUUGCCCAGGGGUUUGCCUUUUUACAGCUUCUGCAUCCCAAUGGAAUCGCCCAGGAACGAGUCUCGAAGGUACCGUGAAUACCAUGCUUUGGACCAGCGAUACCUCUCUUAUCGUCGGCGGAUCAUUAACAGUCGAUGGAGCCAAUGUAUCUUUAGCAACUUACGAUACUAAGGGCCAAACCUGGACUACCGCUACUGGCUCAAAUGCCAUCCCAGGAACUGUUACAUCCAUUGUCCCAGCGACUAGUGAUAUCUCACAAUAUUGGGUAGCUGGCACUGCAACUAAUGGAUCGGCAUUCGUUAUGAAGUAUGACGGUACAAACUGGAAUUCGGUUGGGAAUGUGUUCGAAAGUGGCUCGGUCAUUCGUGGCCUCCAAAUGAUGCCACUCUCAUCAAACCACGAUAAUUCCGAUCUUGUUCCUUCGAAUCAAGUUUUAAUGCUUACUGGUGCCAUGGUGUUACCUACUUUUGGUAAUGUCUCAGCAGUUCUAUUCAACGGAACCACCUUUCAACCUUUUGCACUCACAAGCAGUAGUCACCUUGCAGUUGGCUUGGUCGUACUGAUUGCUUUAGCAAUUUCUCUCGCAUUAAUAUUCCUUCUAGUCGUUGCCGGCGUGUUGGCGGAACGCAUCAGAAGAAAACGUGAGGGUUAUAUGCCUGCACCAACGAACAGUUAUGAUAGAAAUAGCGGAAUGUCAAGAAUUCCUCCACAUCAACUGUUCAGCUCACUUGAUCAAGGUCGAGCAGCAGCCGAAAAAGCACCCAUGAUUUGA